AUGCUUUCCGGUAUCCUCAACGCCGACGUCUCGAACAUCCUGAUCCUCCUGGUUGCGGUGGUCGCGGUUGCGCACAUAGUGCCGUACUUCACCGACCCCCAUGCGAUAAAAAGUUACCCAGGCCCCUGGCUGGCAAAGUUCUCGGACGCCUGGCUGGGUAAAGUCAGCGCGCAGGGGCACAGGUCGGAAGUUGUGCACGACCUCCACAAGAAGUAUGGUACAUUCGUUCGCCUCGCACCGAACCACCUAUCGAUCGCGGACCCGGAGGCGCUGCAGACGGUGUACGCGCACGGGAACGGCUCGCUCAAGUCGGACUUUUACGACGCGUUCGUCUCAAUCAGGCGCGGGCUCUUCAACACGCGCGACCGCGCCGAGCACGCGCGCAAGCGCAAGAUCGUCUCGCACAUCUUCUCGCAGAAGAGCGUGCUCGAGUUCGAGCCGCACGUGCGCCUGUAUGUGCGGCAGUUCAUCGAACAGUGGGACCGCCUGUGCGGUUUGGCUGCCAAGGGUGAGCGGGGUGAGGAGGGAAACGGGUGGGAGGGCCGCGAGGGACGACUGUGGUUGGACUGCUUGCCUUGGUAUAACUACCUCGCGUUCGAUAUCAUCGGUGACCUGGCCUUCGGAUCCCCGUUCGGCAUGCUCAAAGCCUGCAAGGACUCGGCACCCGUCGCCGUCUCGCACGCCGACGCGAUGGCUGCGUACGGCAAGGACGACUCUGCCGUACAAGUGCGCUCGCUCCCCGCCGUGCAGAUCCUCAACGACCGUGGCGAGUACUCGGCGUCGAUGGGCGUCCUCCCGGUUUGGUUCCGCCCCGUCGUGCAGCGCCUGCACCCGUGGUACCGUAACGGGAACAAGGCGGUCAAGGACCUCGCGGGGCUUGCGGUGGCAGCCGUUGCGAAGCGGCUGAGGAACCCGACUGACCGUGUGGAUCUGCUCAGCAAACUCCAGGAGGGGAAGGACGACGAAGGGAAGCCGAUGGGGAGGGAGGAACUCACGGCGGAGGCGCUCACGCAACUCAUCGCUGGCUCGGAUACAACGUCAAAUUCGUCAUGCGCGAUCACAUACUACCUGGCCCUACACCCGCGCGUGCAAGAGAAACUACAAGCCGAGCUCGACGAAGCACUGGGCAACGAUGACGACCCCGUGUCGACAUUCGAGCAGGUCAAGCGCCUCAAGUACCUUGAGGCGGUGAUCAACGAGGCCCUGCGCGUCCACUCAACAUCGGGGAUUGGUCUGCCGCGUGUCGUCCCGGAAGGCGGGCUGACGGUGCUGGGCAGGACGUUCCCCGAGGGCACGAUUAUGAGUGUGCCGACCUAUACGAUUCAUAGGUACGAGGAGGUAUGGGGGCCGGAUGUGGAUGAGUUUAGGCCGGAGCGGUGGUUUGAGAUCGACCAGGCGCAGAUCAAUAAGGCGUUUAAUCCAUUCUCGUACGGCCCUAGGGCGUGUGUGGGGCGCAACCUGGCUAGUAUGGAGCUGAUGAUUAUCGUUUCGUCGAUUUUUCGGCGGUACCACUUCGUGCUUGAAGAGCCGGAGAAGAAGUUCGAAACACGUGAAGGAUUUUUGAGGAAACCGGUGGAGUGCAGAGUCGGGAUCAAGAGGAGGAAUUAGGUCUGCACUUGGUUGUGAUGAUUUGUGGAACAGCUAUUACUUGCAGCUCUUCCCGUCUGUUGCUUUAGUUUCUGUCCUACUUACUUCUUGUAAACAUGUCACGAUUUUGAUUCAUUUAUAGUUUGCGAUUGUCGGCGUGCGAUUAUCGUCGAGGCCAGACGGGUGGUAUAUCGCUCGUACCGCGUCUAUGGAGCCAUAGUACCU